UCAAAUAAGCUAGACACUCACAAUGUCAGCGAUGUAUGUGUACCAUUUCGUGAUCCUUCUACUCUCUAUUGUUGUAUGUGGUCAAAACACAACCAACGCCUCGGAUCAGAAGACCAUGUCCGACCUUCAGAAUAGAAUGGCCUUGCUAGAAAAAGCCGUAGGAAAAUUCCUUACAGGGAAAGAUGAUGUUAAUUUUACAAAUAUCAGUGGUUUAAAGAUUCGAGGUGGAGGAUUUGGUAUCCCUGGUUUUAACACAACACUGGUUGCUUUCAGUGCAUUGUACGGUUCUGACAUGGCGGGAAUAAGCACUGGAUACAUUUUGAAGUUUUCUUCUGUCAUCACUAAUUUAGGAAACUACUACAAUCCGACAGACGGAAUCUUUGUCGCACCUGUUCACGGUCUCUAUAUGUUUCAGUGGACCAUGAUCUGUUAUACAAGCGGCAGUAAUAGCUGUGGCACUUCGCUGAGGGUUAAUAAUGCUGGGAAGGGUUACCUAUAUUCCGGAGAAAAUGGGAAUGGUUAUCAUCACACAGGAUCUAAAACAGUGAUUGUGGAGGUGCAAGCGGGGAAUCAUGUCUGGGUACAAACCGAGAAUUGGUCCAAUAUAUUCAUUCAGGCACAGUCUUCGUUCACUGGUUGUCUCCUGUCAAUACUCUAGAAGCAAUGAAUAUGUUUAUGUUGUACAUAUUUAUAUAUUAAUCGAAAAGAUAAAUGUAGAUAAUUUGGAGAUAUACACGGUAACAUUUAGAAUCUAAUGAAUUCUUUAACUGAACACGAAAAUGAAAUCUUUAAAAUGCAAAUACAAUCACAGAAUAAUAUUUUUUUCCAUUUCGUCUGUACAGAAUAUUAUUUAAUUUAGAUUAUAUGGAUCUUCAGAUUUGUUAUGAAGAA